AUGGAAUUUCAGCAGAACAGUGCAACAACAGCGGUAUUCGGAGACGCCACGACAAUCAACACGCCGAAAAUUUCCUCGCCUUUGUAUCGACGCAAUAUGACACCGGAUAAACGAAGUCCCGGUUCUGUUUGUCGAAUCUGUCAUGAAGAUGGAACCGUAGAAGAAUUGAUAGAUCCUUGCGCAUGUUCUGGCACAUUGGGUCUAAUCCAUACUUGUUGUUUGGAAAAAUGGUUGUCCAUGUCGAACACGGAUCGUUGCGAAAUUUGUAAAUAUUUAUUUUCGAUACAAAGGAAAAAUAAAUCGUUGUCACAGUCUUUCAAACAAUGGUGGAGAACUAGGAAUAUAUACGGACCGCAAGGUAUAACUGGUGAUAUAGUGUGUCUGAUAGUAUUAACUCCACUUUGUAUUGCGGCAACAUAUUUAUGCGCUGUUGGUGCAUCCGCUUACAGCAGGCUUGGUUUUUGGGAAGGAACAGGUUUGGCUAUUCUUUGUUGCAUGUUGGUGACCACUUAUUGUUUGUGGUUGAUCGUAACUCUCAGAUUUCAUUUUAAAUCGUGGCAACAAUGGCGUAGAAGAAAUCAAGAUGUUAAGUUAAUAAUAAAACAUAAAGUCCGUGGAUUUUCGAAUUUCCAAGUCAUUUAAAUAAUAAGCAUUAAAAAUAAAUAAUUUAGAUCUUAAAAGAUUAUAUAAUUUAGGUUUUGAAAAAAAACGA